CCGCCACUUCAUACACCAUUUACACGUGGCAUAUGAACAAAACCACCAAAACGAACCUCUACAUGAUUCCUGAUUUCUUCAUCCUCUCUGUUUCAGAUCCUUUUAAUCAGAUCUUCAAGACGCGUAGAGAACAAGGUAAUACAUUGCAAAAAUAGUAAGAGAGGGACAUGGCAGCACCAAAAACAGAAGAAAAAGGAAAAGGAAAAUCAGAUGUUUCAGAUUAUGAUGCGUACUUUGAUAUGAUUCAAAGCAGGAAGACAUUGUCAUCUUCACUGCAGGAGAAAUUAACUGCUGCCUUCACAAAAAUUCCAGUUUCAACUUUUCCACAAGUACGUAGAGGCAAAGUGAUUGAGAUUCUAGCAGACACGUCAAUCGGUGAUGCAGUGAAGAUUCUGUCAGAAUCCAAUAUAGUAUCAGCACCUGUAAGAAACCCUGAUGCCGGAGAUAGUAUGGAUUGGAAAGAGAGAUACCUGGGAAUCCUUGAUUACUCUACCAUAGUUUUAUGGGUGUUGGAAACAGCGGAUUUAGCAGCUGCCGCAUUGACUGCCACGUCAGCAGCAGCUGCAGGAGUAGGUGCUGGUGCUGCAGGGACUCUUGGGGCCAUAGCAUUGGGUGCUACUGGUCCGGUUGCAGCAACUGGACUGACAGUUGCUGCAAUUGGUGCAGCUGUUGCUGGUGGUGUGGCGGCUGAAAAGGGAAUGGGAAAAGAUGCUCCAACUGCAGCUGAUGAAUUGGGGGAGGAUUUUUAUAAAGUUAUUCUUCAAGAAGAGCCUUUUAAGUCUACCCAGGUGAAGGCCAUUGUGAAAAGCUACCGCUGGGCCCCAUUUAUUCCUGUGUCAACAGAAAGCACUAUGUUGAGUGUCUUAUUGCUGCUUUCAAAGUAUAGAUUAAGGAAUGUGCCUAUCAUAGAACCCGGGAACCCAUUGAUUAAGAACUUUAUAACUCAGUCUGCAGUUGUUCAAGGUCUUGAACAAUGCAAAGGAAGAGAUUGGUUUGAUUCCAUUUCUAUGCACCCUAUAACUGAAUUAGGACUUCCAUUCGUUGCCAAAGAUAAGGUUAUUAGCAGUGAUAGCAAUGAGCUUAUUCUUGAAGCCUUCAAGAAAAUGAAGGAUAACCAAAUCGGUGGUCUCCCAGUUGUCGAAGGCCCCACAAAGAAAAUUGUGGGCAAUGUGAGCAUAAAAGAUAUCAGAUUUUUGUUGCUCAAGCAGAAACUUUUCACAAACUUUAGGCGGCUGACUACAAGAGAUUUUAUGAAUACAAUUGCUGCAACAUCAGAGGAGACGAUGAAGGUUAUUUCACCGAUAACAUGCAAACUUAAUGCGACACUUGGCGAUGUGAUAAGCACUCUGUCUUCAAAAUCUGUUCAUAGGAUUUAUGUUGUUGGUGAUGGGAUUGAAGUGAUUGGGAUUAUUACACUCAGAGAUGUGAUUUCUUGCUUCAUCACUGAACCUCCUAAUUACAUGACGGAGUUUCAUGGGCCUGGAAUCCAAGAAAUGUUGAACAAGGAGAAGAAUAGAAAGUAAGGUUAGGUGGAAUGUAAUUAACGUUUUCUUUUUGCAAUUUCUUUUGAUUCUUCUCCUCUAGAGUGUUUGGUAGUAACAGAAACAGAGAGUUAAGUAUUUGCAUUUCUUUAAUUUGGUCUGUUUGAUUUUCUUAUGCACAUCAUGAGUGUGGGAUGGUGUUACAUAUC